UUGGAACAGGUGCCUGAUGAGUCUGGCUCCCCAGUGCGGUAGGGUGGGGAGCUGGUGUGCCAAGCACCCUGUGGCUGCCCUCCUUGAACGGACCAACCACUGCAAGGAGACGGCGCCCACGGGGAGAGAUGAGGGGGGGUGGUGAGUAACUAGGGUCUGCCCAGUGGAAAGUAAUGGGCAGCAGCCUGGCCCUGACCCUGCUGUUCCCCAGCCCAUUUCAUACCAGCUUCACAGCCAGACACCCAGCAGCUUUCAUCCGUGUCCCGUGGCCCAUCAUAGUACAGGGAUUUGGGUAGCGGGGAGUGACCUUAAAUGGGAGGCCUGGGGCAGGGGGAAGGCUCAGAACUGCUGCCCUGGGCAAGGUCUGUUACAGAACCAUGGUACAGCUGCCUCUGGAUGUGAAGCGCAAGGGUGAUGCUGUGGGUCUGGGGGAGAAGUGCCCAGGCUGUGGCAUGUAGCUUGUCCCUAGGACAGUGGCUGCUGUGGUGGUUCAUAUUGGUGCAGCUUGCAUGCUGGCUUGGAGCAGUCAGUGGGGACACCGUGGGGCAAAUGUGGGGCUCCGACUUGAUGCAUAAGGGGCCAUGAAGGGGUUGGGCUUCAGCUGUGGCUCAGCAGGAUGAGUGCUGCUGGCUGCCCGGACAGUGCUGCCUCCCUCUGUUCAGUGAGACUGACUGGUUCAUCGGUUUAUUGGCCCUUCCAGGAGAGCGCAGGUCUCGGCUCUGGCCGCACAGGAAGUCUUUCUGCAGAAAUAGUUUCCUUUGGGAGCAGCCUGGCUGUGCACAGCCGCUGCUGGCCGAGCUGGCAGUACCCCUGUUCCCAGUGCUGCUGCUCUGCAUUCUCAGACUGUUCUUGCCCCACGCCUUGCCUUAUCACAAAAUGUUUCCUGGCCUAGCACCCGCCCCAUUGAUGACUUGUUCUCUCUAUUAGGAAGCUUUUUCUCUUAUCUAAUGUCAGUUUGCCCUGUGGUGGUUUGAGGUCAUUCCACCUAGGGCUGCAAUAUCCCAAGCUAAGCAGGGUUGGGCCUGGUCAGUAUUUGGAUAGGAGGCCUUUGUGGACAUCCAGGUGCUACAGAGAGCAGGGGAGUGACUCCAGGAGCUGGUCCCUGGGCUCAGCGCUUGGCAGUGCUGGGGCCCUGGCAGGAUGCAGCACAGAGCGCCCAGGGACCGGGCCAGUGAACGAGCUCUGUUGUACCCUGGAGGAGGCGAGAGGGCAGGAAGUGGAGGGGCUGAAUGAGGCCAGUGUGCGGGAGGCAGCAGCUCAGGGUUGUUUCCUGCCUCUUGGCUGCACUGCAUUGAUAAAACCUGAGAGUGAUGUGAGAAUCAUGCAGCUCUGGCUGGGGCUGCUGUGAGUGGGGCUGGGCCCCCCAGCAGCCAGCACUGAGACCAGCUCUUUCACGCCCUCUUCACAGGCUUCAGGCGCCUUUUGUGCUGGUGCUGCCUUUCACGGCGUUUGGGCCCUGGGCCCUCUCUGGCUCAGGUGGGCUGGGCUCAGGAGCUGAAAUCCUUCCGCUUGGAGGCCCUGUGAUUGAGUGGGUGCUUGGGGAGAGCAGAGCCCAGCUGCCCAUGGGCAGGAAGGGGCUGUCAGUGACUCUCACUGCAGGAGUGGGUCUCUGGUCUCUCCCCCAGUGCUGGUGCUGCGUGGGCAGCGGGGUGCUGGAGCUGUAGGACUGUGACUUGUGACAGCUCACUCCUGUGGGAGGGAUGGGUCUCCUAGCAAGGGGGAGCUGCAGCAAAGCAGGUGUCUGGAUGGUGGAGGACGGGAAAUGCAUGGGGCAGGGGCAGCAGAAUGGGGGCUCUGGGAACUUGCUGUGUGUGGCUGUUCCAAAAAGCUGCCCUGGAGCUGGGAUUCCUGCCUGAAAAGUGGGCUUAGUGGGGACGCGGUGCCAUUGCUGCUGGGCUGUGGAGAGCCCCUACCCUCACUGCACCUCAUCAGGGGUCUGCCAAUAUCUUCCCACCAAGCAGACCGGGUCCCAUCCCCAGCUGCCCCUUCUCUGCUGCAGCAAGUUCAGGUCUCUUGGCCUCACCUCCUUUGGGGCUCUGCUCUGCCUCAUGUUCAUCACACCUCCGCUGUGCCAGCUUUACCCGCCGCAUCUCGCAGAACCUCUCCUCGCCCUGCCCUGCCCUGCAUGGUGUCCUCCCGUCAGCGCCCGCCAGUGGUGCAGCUGCCCUGUCAUGGGCCUGCCGGUUGGUGUGAGCCACGCGGCAACCAAGAGAGCUGGGACACGGUACAUCAGUACGGAGCUGGGCAUCCGGCAGCGGCUCUUUGUGGGCGUGCUCACCUCCAAGAGCACGCUGAACACGCUGGCUGUGGCCGUGAACCGUACGCUGGGGCAUCGGCUGGAGCGGCUGGUGUACUUCACGGGCACGCGGGGCCGCAAGGUGCCGCACGGCAUGACGGUGGUGACGCAUGGCGAUGAGCGGCCCAUCUGGAACAUGUACCAGACCAUCAAGUACAUGCUGGACCACUACGUGGGCGACUUUGACUGGUUCUACCUGGUGCAGGACGACACUUACACCGAGGCCCAUCGUGUCAGCCGCCUGGUCGCCCACCUCAGCAUCGACACCCUCCUCUACCUGGGCCGGCCUGAGGAGUUCAUUGGGGGCGACACUGAGGGGCGCUACUGCUACGGUGGCUUCGGCUACCUGCUCUCCCGCAGCCUGCUGCUGCGCCUGCAGCCCCACCUGGAGAACUGCCGCAACGACAUCCUGAGCGCCCGGCCCGACGAAUGGCUGGGGCGCUGCAUCAUCGACUACACGGCCAUCAACUGCAUGGAGGAGCACGAGGGCCUACGGUACCAGUACUUUGAGCUGGGGAAGAACACGGACCCGGAGCGGGAGAGCGACCCCCGUUUCCAGAGCGCGUUCACUGCCCAUCCUGUGCUGGACCCUGUCCAGAUGUACAGGUUGCACAAACACUUUGCCCAGGUGGAGCUGGAGAGAACCUACCAGGAGAUCCAGCAGCUCCAGCUGGAGAUCCAGAACACCAGCAGCCUGUCUGCAGACGGAGACCACGGCGCCACGUGGCCUGUCGGCAUCACCCCCCCGUUCCAGCCCAAGACGCGCUUCGAGGUGCUGCGCUGGGACUACUUCACGGAGGAGCAGUUGUACUCGUGCGUGGAUGGCUCCCCCAAGUGCGAGCUGCGCGGCGUGGACAUGGCUGACGUGGCUGACGUGGUGGCCAUAGCCAUGGAGGAGCUGAACCGCAAGUACCAGCCCGUGCUGCACAUCCGCAAGCAGCAGCUGGUGAACGGGUACCGGCGCUUCGACCCCACGCGGGGCAUGGAGUACAUGCUGGACCUGCAGGUGGAGGUGGUGACGCAGAAGGGGCACAGCCGCUCGGUCGUCAAGCGCGUGCACCUGGUACGCCCCCUCAGCGAGGUGGAGAUCAUCCCCAUGCCCUACGUGACUGAGGCCAGCCGCAUCAACGUCAUCCUGCCGCUGACCGCGCAUGACCGGGACCAUGCUGGCCACUUCCUGGAGGUGUACGCGGCGGCCGCCUUCGAGAGCAGUGAGAACGCCGUGCUCACCUUCCUCUUCAUCUACGACCCCUUCGAGGCCCAGCAGGUGGCACAGAAUGACGUCUUCGCUCCGGUCAAGGCCAGGAUCGCCGAGUACGAGCGCAAGUACGCCGAGGUGAAGAUCCCUUGGAUCAGCGUCAAGACAGACGCGCCCUCCCAGAUCAAGGUCAUGGACAUCAUCUCCAAGAAGCACCCCGUGGACACGCUUUUCUUCGUGGCCAGCGUGGACACCGAGGUCACUACCGACUUCCUGAACCGCUGCCGCAUGAACACCAUCAACAGCUGGCAGGUCUUCUUCCCAGUCCACUUCCAGGGCUACAACCCAGCCAUCGCCUACCACAACCAGGCGCCGCCCGCCGCCCUGGAUCUGAUGCGGGACGCUGGGCGCUUUGACCGAGACAUCUUCCACGAGGCCUGUUUCUACAAUGCCGACUACAUGGCAGCGCGCACCCGCAUGGCAGGCGACGCGCAGGAGAACGAAGACAUCUUGGAGACCCUGGACAUCUACGACAUGUUCAUCAAGUAUUCCAACCUGCACGUCUUCCGGGCCAUGGAGCCCGCCCUGCUGCAGCGCUACCGGCAGCACGUCUGCAACCCCCGCCUCAGCGAGGAGAUCUACCACCGCUGCAUGCAGAGCAACCUGGAGGGGCUGGGCUCCCGCUCUCAGCUGGCCAUGGUGCUCUUCGAGCAGGAGCAGGGCAACAGCACCUGCUCUGCUGGCUCUGGUUGUUCUUCCCCUCCCGCUCCCUGUAGACCGUGGGCUGGGUGGGGGAUGGGCUCAGACCAUCAGCUCUAGACUAGUGCUGGCACUGGCUGGGCUGGGGCGCUGAGGGGGGACCUGUGAUCUCCUGGGGCUGGAGAGACUCCCCUGGGAGCUGGUUAGAGGAUGGGGCUGGGAGUCAGGCCACUUGGGUUCUGAUCCCAGCUCUGCUCUGGACCCUGGCUGGUCCCAGUGUCUCCCUCCCCCUCUUUCCAUGGGGCAGUGAUACUGAGCAGCCCCUGGGAGGGGGCUUCAUGGGGGCUGGCACUUGCACUUGUCCUCACUCUGGGCUGGGCAGGGCCCCAGGGCAGGUCCAGGGUUUGCUCCAAAACCUCUGCUCCCAUGAAAUGGCCCUGGAAGGCUGUGAGUGGCUGGUGGAGGAGGCUGGAGACUGCAGUGGGGCUGGAGCCUCUCCCUGUCUCCUCUACACAGCGCGUCGGCCAUGUUGGGGCAGCGUGGAUCCUCUGCUCCUGUGUGCACGGGGUGCCUGGCCCUGCCCCGCAGUGUGCGGCUUUGCGUGCUGGUGAGUGUGGGGCAUUGAUGUGGGUAGAGUGACUUGUGAGGACAGGGUGGCCGUGCGACUCCAUCCUGCAGUGAGGUGCAGCACCCCCUGUCUCUUGCCCUCUGCCCCAUGAACUCCGCUGGCUCCAGUGGGCUGAGGCUCCCCUCCCCCUCCCGUGGCUGCUCCAGCCCUGGAGCGUGUGGCUUUAAAGAGUAAUUGCCUGGCUUUGCCCCCCAGGUGCUGCCACUUGGGGUUGGAGGCUCUGAGAGCCCCUGUUUGGUACAGUGUGGGGUGCGCUUGCCCUGUCAGCCCCUCACCCACGGAGUCCCUGGGGUGCUGCAGGGCAGGAGGGAUUAGAGCUGCAGGCCCGAUCCAGGGCUCUGUCCCAGGUUGCUCAGGGUGCCGGCUCCUGGCUUGCGUUCCUGAAAGUGCAGCCUGGGCUCUGGGGGCAGCUGGAACCUGCUGCUGUAGAGCUGGGGGAGACUGGGGCGGGGGGAGGGUUUCUCUGGUACGUAUGGCGCAAUAAGACAUUUAAUGUCAGUGCAAUGCAGCUCUGGCAAUAACCCGCUGGCCGAAGCACUCCUGGCUUGGGGGAGGGGGAAGCCUACAGGGCCCGGGCCCCAGGACGUGUGGGUGGGUCCCUCUGUUCAUUGACUGUGCUGCUCCCCAUGGGAACCAGGACCCAGGCCGGUUUGGCCUCAGCAGUAUUUUAGCAGGACGGGAGGACGCUGCAGCCCUCCGACGAGAGCUUCCCCUGGGAGGUUUGAGCUGUUGCUGCCGCUGGCUCAGCAGGCCUGAUGCAGCUGCCCCUGCAGGUGCUGUCACCCUCAGGGCUCUCCAUGCCGCUGCUUGCGGGGCUGCAUAAGGGGACAGGGGGUCCUGUCCCCAUUGGCCGCAGGCAGGGCCCUGUGCAGGGACACGGGUGCUGGAAUCGGGCCCUUCUCCGGGCAAGCAUUGACUCCUGGCUUCUCCGUGGAGCUGUGCUCUCUGCCUUGAGCUCGCCGGGUGGGGGGCCGUGCCUGGGGCUGCCCCCAGUCAGUGCUGCUGGGGCUGCCAGAAACGGGACAGGUGGGCUGCAAUGGGAGUCUCCACGGAGAAAGUGACCGAGGAGCCAGGCUCGGCUCCAGGUUUAUAUUUAAUGUGGGGUUGGGUUAUCGUGUUUACACUGCAAUAAAAUGGAGAGGACAAACUA